CAGGGGCCGGAGCGGGCUCGGGCGCGGAGCUGCGGAGGGAGAGGACGGGCCGCUCCCUCGCCACUCCCCUGCCGCCGGGCUCUGGGAUGGUGUGGGCUUCUGGCGCUGUGGGACGCACCGGGGAAAAGCUGACGGCGGCGGCGGUGGGCCCGAGGCGGCCCGGGCGGGCGGGGGCGUGGCCGGCGCUAGAACCCAAGAAGACGCGAGGCGGCUCUUCGGGCCAGAUCACGAAUUCGCCGUGACUCAGUCGGCUCGAAGUACAGCGGGCGGCGGCGGCGGGAGCAGGUCUGCCAAGAUGGAGUAUGAGUGGAAGCCUGACGAGCAGGGGCUCCAGCAGAUCCUGCAGCUGCUCAAGGAGUCCCAGUCCCCGGACACCACCACGCAGAGAGCCGUGCAACAAAAACUAGAACAACUCAAUCAGUAUCCAGAUUUUAACAACUACCUGAUUUUUGUUCUUACGAAGUUGAAAUCUGAGGAUGAACCUACGCGUUCCUUGAGUGGUCUCAUCUUGAAGAAUAAUGUAAAAGCACAUUUUCACAACUUUCCCAAUGGGGUAACUGACUUCAUUAAAAGUGAAUGUCUGAAUAAUAUUGGUGAUUCCUCCCCCUUAAUUAGAGCUACUGUAGGCAUUCUGAUAACAACCAUUGCCUCAAAAGGGGAAUUACAGAAUUGGCCUGAACUCUUACCAAAGCUUUGCAGCCUGUUGGAUUCUGAAGAUUACAAUACUUGUGAGGGUGCUUUUGGUGCUCUACAGAAGAUAUGUGAAGAUUCUGCUGAAAUUUUAGAUAGUGAUGUAUUGGACCGACCACUCAAUAUCAUGAUACCUAAGUUCUUGCAGUUCUUCAAGCACAGCAGUCCAAAAAUAAGGUCUCAUGCUGUUGCAUGUGUCAAUCAAUUUAUCAUCAGCAGAACUCAAGCUCUUAUGUUGCACAUAGAUUCUUUCAUUGAGAACCUUUUUGCACUGGCUGGUGAUGAAGAGCCUGAAGUACGCAAAAAUGUUUGCCGUGCUCUGGUAAUGUUGUUGGAAGUUCGAAUGGAUCGCCUGCUUCCUCAUAUGAUUAGUAUAGUUGAGUACAUGCUUCAAAGGACCCAGGACCAAGAUGAAAAUGUGGCUUUGGAGGCUUGUGAGUUCUGGCUGACUUUGGCUGAACAGCCAAUUUGUAAAGAUGUAUUAUGUCGGCAUCUUACUAAGCUGAUACCUGUGCUGGUAAAUGGUAUGAAAUAUUCAGAGAUUGAUAUUAUUCUGUUGAAGGGGGAUGUUGAAGAAGAUGAAGCUAUUCCAGAUAGUGAACAGGACAUAAGACCUCGUUUUCAUCGUUCACGAACGGUGGCUCAGCAACAUGAAGAAGAUGGUAUUGAAGAUGAUGACGAUGAUGACGAUGAACUUGAUGAUGAUGAUACUAUUUCCGACUGGAAUUUAAGGAAAUGUUCUGCUGCUGCUCUAGAUGUCCUAGCCAAUGUAUUUCGCGAUGAACUUCUGCCACACAUCUUGCCCCUUUUGAAGGAAUUGCUCUUCCAUCCCGAAUGGGUAGUUAAAGAAUCUGGUAUCCUUGUUCUUGGAGCAAUUGCUGAAGGCUGCAUGCAGGGUAUGAUUCCAUAUCUUCCUGAGCUGAUCCCUCACCUUAUUCAGUGCCUCUCUGACAAAAAGGCUCUUGUGCGCUCCAUUACAUGCUGGACUCUUAGUCGCUAUGCACACUGGGUAGUUAGUCAACCCCCAGACACAUACUUGAAGCCAUUAAUGACUGAGUUGUUAAAGCGUAUCCUGGAUAGCAACAAGAGAGUACAAGAAGCUGCCUGCAGUGCCUUUGCUACUCUAGAAGAGGAGGCUUGUACAGAGCUUGUUCCUUAUCUUGCAUAUAUACUUGAUACUUUGGUCUUUGCAUUUAGUAAAUACCAGCAUAAAAACCUGCUCAUUCUUUAUGAUGCUAUAGGAACUCUAGCAGAUUCUGUAGGACAUCAUCUAAAUAAACCAGAAUAUAUUCAGAUGCUAAUGCCUCCAUUAAUCCAGAAGUGGAACAUGUUGAAGGAUGAAGAUAAAGAUCUCUUCCCUUUAUUAGAGGUAAAUUGCCUGUCAUCAGUUGCUACUGCCUUGCAAUCUGGCUUUCUUCCGUACUGUGAACCUGUGUACCAGCGUUGUGUAAAUCUGGUGCAGAAGACCCUUGCACAAGCCAUGUUGCAUAAUGCUCAGCCAGACCAAUAUGAGGCUCCAGAUAAAGAUUUCAUGAUUGUGGCUCUUGAUUUACUCAGUGGUUUAGCUGAAGGACUUGGAGGCAACAUUGAACAGCUAGUGGCUCGCAGCAAUAUCCUGACACUAAUGUACCAAUGCAUGCAGGAUAAAAUGCCUGAGGUACGGCAGAGUUCUUUUGCAUUGUUAGGGGAUCUGACAAAGGCGUGUUUUCAGCAUGUUAAGCCUUGCAUCGCUGAUUUCAUGCCAAUUUUGGGAACCAACCUAAACCCUGAAUUCAUUUCUGUGUGUAACAAUGCCACCUGGGCAAUUGGAGAAAUCUCCAUCCAGAUGGGUAUAGAGAUGCAGCCUUAUAUUCCAAUGGUGUUGCACCAGCUUGUAGAAAUAAUUAACAGACCCAACACACCAAAGACGUUGUUAGAGAACACAGCAAUAACAAUUGGUCGUCUUGGUUACGUUUGUCCUCAAGAGGUGGCCCCCAUGCUACAGCAGUUUAUAAGACCCUGGUGCACCUCUCUGCGAAACAUAAGAGACAAUGAGGAAAAGGAUUCAGCGUUCCGUGGGAUAUGUACCAUGAUCUCGGUCAACCCCAGUGGAGUAGUCCAAGACUUUAUUUUUUUUUGUGAUGCUGUUGCAUCGUGGAUUAGCCCAAAAGAUGAUCUCCGAGACAUGUUCUGUAAGAUUCUUCAUGGAUUUAAAAAUCAACUUGGGGAUGAGAAUUGGAGGCGUUUCUCUGACCAGUUUCCUCUUCCCUUAAAAGAGCGCCUUGCAGCUUACUAUGGAGUUUAACCUCAUGCACUGUAGCUGCAAUCCCAUAAUUAGAGGUCCUUCAGUCUGGGAGACUAUGAGGGAGCCUCUGCACCCAGGGAAAAUGUUACCCUUUACUGGGGGGAAGGGUAAACCAGUAGGGAAUACAGUACAAUCCCAACCCUACUGGGAGGGGUGGGAGGGAGGUGUUGCCGUCACUGUAUUAAGUCGAUGUUGGGAAAUGUUUUAACAUCUGGAGCCUUUGUGGGUGGAAAUCUGUCUCCUAUUACAACUCUGCACUGGAUGUGAAGAAGAAAAAAAAAAAAAAAAAAGGAAAAAAAAAAAAAGAAUCUAGUCACAAAACAGCACAUUCUGGAAUAUUGUGGGGAAUUGUACCAAAAUAAGAACCAUAUAAUUGAACCAUAGGGAUACGUAAAGAGGAAAACUAUUUUGCGCACAAUAGAGGAAACCUAAGAAUGGGGGGUCACAAACAGUAAAAGGCUUUCUUUUUUCUUUUAUGUUUUUUUUAAGUAAGGGUUUUCUACAUUAUUUCAUCCUGCUUGAUGGGAUUCCUAGGUAUUUGCAUGUUAAUGAAGAACUACACAAAUGAAGUUAGUACAGUUAAAAUGCAGCUUGUGUCUGUAUUAGGAGCAGGCACUUGCAGUGUACAAUAUAGAAACCCCAUCGUAAAUUAAUAAAGGUUAACUUGGACAAAAGGAAGCAACCUGCAAGCUGCCAAAUGAGUCGCUCCUUUCAUUUUUGGGGUAAGGGGAGGGGCACUUCAAAGGAAAGAUUGACAUUUAAUUUUUACAUUAAAAAAAGAAUUAAAGUAGUGGAUAUGAUUUGAUUAUUGUACUUCAUUAGAUUUAAUUUCUAGAGUAAGGUAUUAUUCUUAACCUGCAGUUUAAGGUUCAGGCAUGUGUUCUGGCUCAUAGUGAUCAGAAGUCAUUUAAAUUAGUGGGAAAGUAGCAUGCUUGCAUCACAUAGAGUGAAAUUGGUAUACAUUUACCUAUGUUGCGCCAGUUUUGUGUUGCAGUUUACCAAUUCAAUAUAGCCCUGCAUUUAAAAUUCCUUUUUCAGAUUCUGUGGAUUUUAUUUUUAUUAAGACUAUAGAUAUAAAGUACUGUAGUUAACAAUUAGGCCUUGAAAUACCUUUUUAGGAUCUGUUAAGAAUAAGAUUGAUAUUGUAUUGUGUGUAACCUGCACAAUGUGGAAAGCUGAUAUAGCUGUGCAAAAUAUUUGCCUCUGUGCUGUCAGUGUGAUGUGCUUUCUGCAUGGUUAUAUACUAGUGAUUUUAUCAGAAUCUCUAAAAAUGAGUUACAUGAUAAGACCCGUUAAAGGCUGCAUAAAUGUUAGUUGGCACGUAAAGACAAUUGUAGAAGUUGAUGACAUGAUUGCUAUAUUUGUGUUUAUUCCCAUUCAACAUAUUACCUUCUAUGCUUUCUUUUUUGUUCAAAGCAUGAUCUUAUAGAGAUGUUUAAGUUAAUGGAUGUAAUGCAGGGUAUCUACACUGUAUCGGCGCAUGUUGGUGGCCCUUUGUGAUGUAGUUAAAUGCACAAGGGUGCAAGUUUAAAGCUACAGAGUGAAAGUUGGUUUGGAUCCUCUUCAUUUCAUUUGUUUAGCUUUUCUGUUGUGUUUUUUUUCUCUACUUACAUGUAUUCCUGUGAAUAAAUCCUUGUUAAGUUAACCCUUUACUUUUCCUUCCAUGUGUAUUUUCUUAUGUACUGUGAAUGUGAAAUCCUAACUGGUACACUUGAUCUUGUGUCCAUCUGAAAGUGGCAAGUCUUUAAUAAUUUAGAUUGCCUAAAGAGUAUCCCAUGAUGAUAUAGGAAAAUGGAGAGAUUUUUAACUCUGCUGGUCAGAGGUGAAGCCACACCUUUCCAUUUUUCAAGUGCUGCAUAAUUAAUCUGCAAAACAAAAUUAAGCCAUAACAGCCUUUUUGUAGAUUUAGUUUCUCACCUUUGUGUUGCAGAAUGGAUACUGGAUAACAGUUUGGGGGUUUUUUUGUUUGGUUUUUUUUUUUUUUUAAAAGAACUUGCUCUUCUUUGCAUGGUUCUGUUCUUUGACUGUUGAAUGAUUUAGCCAUUGCACUGAAGUUUGAGCUGUGUGAGUGUGACCUUAUAAAUGCUGUUCAAAGAGUUUUGAUAAUUUUUUUAAUGCAUGAUAACAUGCAUGUUUUACAUGCCCCCCACCCCCCUUUUUUUUGGCUUUGCAAAUUUUAAUGGAUUAUGCCUGAAGAAUAGUUUGGACAGGUACUGUAUGAAGUACAUUCAGUAAUGCUAGUACAUAGUGUUUAUUCAAUUUAGUCAAAAUUGCAUGUGAUAACUUGCUUUCAAAUUACAUCGCUUUAGUAGCAAAUACAAAAUUCCUUCUUAGCUAAUAGCUCUGAAGUAAAUUAGUAAUAGUCACUAAAAACACUUUAAAACCAAAUUCUGGAAGGAAAAAAACCCUCUAAUUUAGCAAGGUGGGGGGUUAUUUUAGACCUAAACUUGCUUUGAUUUUGAGUGUGUUUGAACAUUAGGGAAGAGUUUCAGAGAAAUUACAUUAAAAAAUUUGUAGAAUAGAAAACCUACCCAAAUAAUACUGUAGCAUAACUGCUAGAAUCUGAAUUUAACUAAACUUCUUAAAUUUCAGAAAGCCCCUUUAACCAAAUAAAACCACUCCACCUCACCUUGGAUUAGCUUAGAAUGCCACUUUUGUACAUACAUAUUUUAAUAGGUAUUUGUACAGAUGUGAACUGAUCUGGUAUAACAGCAAAGAAAAUAAUUAAAAUAAGGCAGAAAUAAACAGUACUGACAAAAUAGUCUUUUGUAUCAGUAAGUUCUCUCAUGGUAUAUUUUAAAGCAAGUAAACCAUAUUCCUAACACAUAAUAUAGCACAGAGAUUUGCAGAAGCCAUUUGGGGUAUAAUGUGAGGUAAGAAAAGUUCUGAAUCAGCAUUAACAUAAUUCAAUUAUUGCAUCAUGGGAUAUAUAAAAAGCAUCUUAAUUCUUGUGGUGUAGUCUUGACAGUUCUUGAAUGUUGACUGAAUGUUUAUACUGGUAGAAUUGUGAGUUUGUCUUUGUUACAUUCCAGUGUUUCUGCCUCUUGGCAUGCUAAAAGCACGGCUGGCUUCAUUUGCUCCUUACACACUGAAUAAAGUGCUGUUAGUGUGCUAAACUACAGAAAUAGCCGCUGCUAAGUAAUGGUGUAGAUUUUCUACUUGAAUAUUUUUGUUGUAGGAACCUCAGGAGGUCAGUGUUUACUGUUUUUAUAUAUGCCUUUUUCCUGUUUUGAGUUUCCCUUUUUGAAGGAUUCUGAGAGUGAACAAAAGCUGCUGAUCAACCUAAGUUGGUAACAGAAAGUGUAUUUAAAAACCUUACAAAUGCAUCUUUUUGGCAGUUCUAAAUUGCUAUUAAAUUAGUCUUAAGUGAAAUUCAAUACUAAAUUUUUUCAUUACACAUUCAGGAAACAGCUCAUUUCAUUUAGGGAAAAAGAUUAGAAUAGUUCAUGAUUUUAACCAGUGCAAGCAAAAAUAAUCAAUUUUGUAAAUUUU